AUGAGGCCACGCUCACAACUCGUCACGAACGCUUUUGUUGUUUCUUAUCGGCGAUCUGACGGCUGUUGUGGUGUAUCGGUUUGAGCUCGCUACUCAUAACUCGAUUUAUCUAUUUUCCACUGCGUUGAUAUAAACCCCACUGUCCUCAUCAUUCCGGCCAUUCGGAUCCCAUCGGUGUACAUGUAUUCCGUUACCUUAUCCAAGGACGACAAUAUGGAGUAGUGAUAUUCCACUGUGAACGUGAUUUACUGUGAACGACUGUCUUACAGCAAGAUUAUCGGCGAACCCAACCCACCAGAAGUUGUGAUGGAGGGAGAAGAUAAAGAAAGUGCCAAGAGAGUUGGAAUCAUCGGAACUGGCAAUUUCGGCAGAGCUCUUGCAAAACGGUUGAUCUUUUCUGGCUAUGACGUCAUCAUCGGUAGUCGAAGACCUGAGUACCGACAACUAUCGGAAUAUGACGAGUGCUUGUGUGACGUUCGGCUCACAACCAUCACGGAAUGUGUGCGAAUGUGCAACGUUGUCUUCAUAUCGGUUCACGUGGAGAACUUCAACGACACAUUUUCGCCGCUGGGAGAACUGUUCGCAGAUAAAAUUGUCAUUGAUGUAUCGAACAGGGAAAACAUCUCUGGCAAAGUGUCCAACUCAGAAUAUUUGAUGACCUUUCUACCAAAAGCCAAAAUCGUCAAGGCCUUCAACAUUAUCUCCGCUUACGUUAUGGAAAACGACAUCGCCGGCGGAAGUAGAAAGGUUUUCGUCGCCGGAAAUGACGUCACGGCUCGAGAUGUAGUGUGCAAUAUUGCGCGUGAUAUGGGUUUUGCGCCUGUGGACUUUGGUGGUUUGGCGUCGGCACGCAGAAUAGAGGCGUUUGUUCUACGAUUGUUCCCAGGAUGGAAGGUGCCAAUAUUCUUCACGUUUGCAAUAUUCAACUUGUGGUGUUUGUACAUCACGUACAUCUAUUUCAUAGACAGGACGGCGUAUAGAUGGGAUCAGAUUUUUGUGAAAGUGUUGAACAAACCACUCUGCAUGACAGCCAUUACGUUAAUGGCCUUGACCUAUAUGCCUGGAUGUAUUGCUGGAUUUCUGCAGAUGGUUUAUGGAACAAAAAACAAACGUUUUCCAAAAUGGAUGGAUUACUGGCUAAAAUCAAGAAAACAGUUGGGUAUCAUUUGUUUUAUUCUCGUUUUCGCUCAUGUGCUGAUAUCCAUUUUGUUAAUGAGCUCGACGUACUACAGUUCAUGGUUCCAAUCCACCGCCAUAACUAUACCUGGCAACCUAACUACCGACCUUCACCUUCCUAUGAAAACAUGGAUGAUAUGGAAAGGCGAGGCCGCGUGUCUCGUUGGCAUCAUUGCCUUCAUCUUUCUUUGUCUCCUAGCAACCACUACUCUGCCUUCUGUCGGGGAUUCGUUGAACUGGCGCGAGUGGCGUUUCGUCCAAUCAACGCUCGGCUAUACUGUACUGUUUCUUUCCAUUUGUCACGUGAUGAUAAUGGGAGUUCCUGGCUGGGUGAAGAACGGAUUUCCUAAAACGUUUGGUUCCAUUACAUUUCUGUGUCUUAUACUACCAGUGACUGUGUUUAUAAUGAAACUGAUUCUCCUGCUGCCUUGCGUGAACAAAUAUGUGUCCAAAAUACGAAAAGGAUGGGAGCGAAACAACCACCCGUGCUUACCCCACUCCCGCUGUAAAGACAGCAAGUGUUUUGGCGACGAGUAUGUUGCGUUAAAACUCGGGGGGAUACGGAAUGAAUGUGGAUGUAGUGAGGGCUCAAUGUCAACGAAUUUACGCACACCCACGUGCGACUGUGUGGUGUGAUAAAGUAGGACCUUCAUAAUCCGGACCUGGUAUAAUCCAGCAACGCUUCCGUAUUUGUUCGUCUGUUUGACUGUAGCUGUGGUACAUUAAUAUGCUGGCGAUCUGUAAACAUUUGAGUCUGUAAAGGAUUAUCCACACAGAGAGAGAGAGAGAGA